CGGCCGGGAGGAGGGCGGGCCCCGCGCGGACGGGACGUGGAGGCCGGAGCCGCAGUGCUGCACUUUCACCCAGCUGUCCCCAGCCCGCCGCGGGAGCAUCGAGCGGGCAGGCGGGGGCUGGCGUAGCGGGGAUCCGCUUCCCGAAAGAUGGGACCCGCCAAAUUCGGUGCUGGCGUGGCUGAGCGGCGGGAAGAGACCGGGCCUGCCCUGCCCUAGCGGAGGCUGGGAGGCUCGGCUUAGGGGAACCGGCCUCUGCCUUUCCGCCACGCCCUGCAUACUAGGCUUUGAGCUGCGAGGCAUACGCGGUCAUGGCCAUUUCAUGGGCGGGCGCGUAGGUCCAAAGACAGGAUGUGGAAACUGGAAGGCCCCAACUAGAAGGUGGCGGAAUCGGGGCGCCCGCAUCUCGAUUGAGUGUACCGCGCCUUCUGACACACCUGCCUCGCAGCAUACGGGGACGCUGGCACUUGGUCACACGGAGCCUUUUGGAGCAUGCCCUUGGGGACACGGGUUCGAUCUCUCUGGUCCGGGAAGAUCCCACAUGCUGCGGAGCAACACAGCCCGUGCGCCACAGCUACUGAGCCUGCAGUGCUGUAACUAGUGCAGCCGGCGCGCCUAGAGCCCGUGCUCCGCAACAAGAGGAGCCACCUCAGUGAGAAGCCCGCGCACCUCAACGAACAGUAGCCCCCGCUCGCCACAACUAGAGACAGCCCACGUGCAGCAACGAAGAACCCAACGCAGCAAAUAAAUAAAUAAAUAAAUAAAUAAAUAAUAAAACAUACAGGGAACUCUGGCAAAUUUAAGUUUAAAAAACAAACAAACAAACAAACAACUCCCCCCCCCCAAAAAAAACACAACAACUAGGAGCCAGGGCGCAGCUUGCGUUUUGAACCCUGCCAGGGCAUCCACACCGUGGUGCUGGGCGCUCCUGCGCCGGAGGCGAGGCGAUGUAGCUAAUUGGAUUCCGAUAGAAACACUUUCACUGUCAGUAGUGGUUUGCUCAGCUGACAGAAGUUGUUGCCGAUCUUUGUUACUUUGUAUUCAUUCUGCCGAAGACGGCGUUGGGUGAGUCUGCUUUCAAGUCAAGGUGGGCAGAGUCUGGGGAAGUAGUGCAGUUGUUGCCGAUCUUUAUUACUUUGUAUUCAUUCUGUGGAAGAGGGCGUUGGGUGAGUCUGCUUUCAAGUCAAGGUGGGCAGAGUCUGGGGAAAUAGUGCAGGACCAUUAAUCCCAGUGAUUUGUACAUUUAAUUUCCAGGAAGUCUUGCAAAGUGUAUAAGGAAGGAUGGCAGUGCCCCCUCAUAUACCCCAUACAUCUGCUUGGAGGAUCCAUGUAAACCAGGGAAGCAUGCUACCCUUUGAGGGUUUGCUAUAUAAAAAACAAGACUUGGAGGGUCACGUACAGUAAUACCACCUAAUCUGACAUCUCUGAGAAUGAGGGGUCCCAUGUAGGAACUGUCUAUGAAACUGAAGUUUAAACCUGGAAAUGCUAAAACCUAAAUGCUAAAAGCUAAUGCUAAAAUGUUUUGCAUAUGCCCUUGCCCUCUGUGUGAGGCUAAAUACCGGUCCUCCAAAGAUUUCCCCAUCCUAAUCCCCAGAACCUGUGACUGUUACCUCAUGUAGCAAAAGAGAUUUUGCAGAUGGGAUUAAGCAUCUUGAUGUUGGGGAGCUAUCCUAGGUUAUCUGGUGGGCCCAAUAUAAUCACACCCAUCCUGAGAGAGAGAGGCAGGAGGAGGAGACAGGCAGAGGAGAAGGCCAUGUGAUGAUGGAAGCAGAGUUAGAAGAUGCUGCACCGCUGGCUUUGAAGAUGGAGGAAGGGGCCGUGAGCCAAAGAUUGCAGGCGCUUCUAGAAGCUGGAAAGGGCAAGGGAGUGGAUUCUCCUCUGGAACCUCCAGAAGGAACCAGCCCUGCCGACACCUUGAACUUAGCCCCCUAAGACUCAUUUCGGACUUCUGACCACCGGGAUUGUAAGAGAAAAAAGUGUCAAGCUAGGGAUGCGGUCCAUCCCCAUCGCCACCGCCUGUGCCAUAUACCAUAAGUUCUUCUGCGAGAUCGACCUGGACGCCUAUGACCCCUACUUGGUGGCCAUGUCUUCCCUUUACUUGGCCGGCAAAGUGGAGGAGCAGCACCUGCGCACUCGUGACAUCAUCAACGUUUCCAACAGGUACUUCCACCCGGACAGCGAGCCCUUGGAGCUGGACUCACGCUUCUGGGAGCUCCGUGACAGCAUCGUGCAGUGUGAACUGCUCGUACUGCGGGUUCUGCGUUUCCAGGUCUCCUUCCAGCACCCUCACAAGUACCUGCUCCACUACCUGGUGUCCCUCAAGAACUGGCUGAACCGUUACAGCUGGCAGCGGAGCCCCGUCUCCAUCACCGCCUGGGCCCUGCUGCGGGACAGCUACCACGGGGGGCUGUGCCUCCGGUUCCAGGCUCAGCACAUAGCCGUGGCGGUGCUCCACCUGGCCCUGCAGGCCUAUGGGGUCGAGGUGCCCGCUGAGGCCGAGGCCGAGAAGCCGUGGUGGCAGGUGUUUAGUGAAGACCUUACCAAGCCAAUCAUUGAUAACAUUGUGUCUGAUCUCAUUCAGAUUUAUACCAUGGACACAGAGAUCCCCUAAGGCCCUGGUCCAGGCCUGCCCAAAGAGAAGCCCGUGCCGCUCGGCAGCCUGGGGAUGGCUCCGCCACAGGGCCGUGAACGCCAGCCCCCAGAGGACCAGCUGGAAGGGCUGGUGAAGGCGAUGACUGUCCCCGGCAGCCGCGGUCUGGACAGUGGCAGGAGCCACGCCUCCAGCGGGCGGGCUGGGAGUGCACCGCGAGGGGCUGCCGAGGCCAGGCGCUGCGUCUGCUUUUAUCCUUUGAGAGGACCUGACUGCCGUCGAGGGUGACGUCAUCGGAAGGAAGAUCAAAGAAAGGAUGGGACUGAGCCCCUGGGGAUUUUUUAAAAGCCUGAUUUAUAGAAUGAAUGAAUGUGCAACAUAGAUGGAACUUUAUUUUGUGUAAUAAAAGAUACAAAUGAACUGGGA